GUCUGGACUGCAGACAGGCGGCAGCGAGAGACCGGCGAGCUCCGAUCGGUCGGAGCUAACCGCUGCCAGGCGGGCUGCCGCGGCCCCGCACACGCCCCAGUCGAGCGAAGAUGGUGGGCCGGAACAGCGCCAUCGCCGCGGGCGUGUGCGGUGCCCUCUUCAUAGGGUACUGCAUCUACUUUGACCGCAAAAGGCGGAGUGACCCCAACUUCAAGAACAGGCUUCGAGAACGAAGAAAGAAACAGAAGCUUGCUAAGGAGAGAGCUGGGCUUUCCAAGUUACCUGAUUUAAAAGAUGCUGAAGCUGUUCAGAAAUUCUUCCUUGAAGAGAUACAGCUUGGUGAAGAGUUAUUAGCACAAGGUGACUAUGAGAAGGGUGUGGACCACCUGACAAAUGCAAUCGCUGUGUGUGGACAGCCUCAGCAGUUGCUGCAAGUGUUACAACAGACUCUUCCACCACCAGUGUUCCAGAUGCUUCUGACCAAGCUUCCAACCAUUAGUCAGAGAAUUGUCAGUGCUCAGAGCUUGGCUGAGGAUGAUGUGGAAUGAGCCAGACACCAACAUGAUAAAAUCUCAGUAAAAUGAUAACAGUUAGCUGCAGGCUGCUCUGCUCGGGGGGAUAAGGGCAAACUGUGCUUGUCAUGAACUGUCUCACACUGACAUCUCCAAAGUGAACCUGAACUUUGGUAGAGCCAUUGUCUGUUCUAUUUAUUUUUCCAGUGAGAAGUAUUUUGAUAGCUUUUCAUUUUAUAAAUACACUGCGUUAACCAAAAGAUCAUGGAUUUCGUUUGUUCUUGACAUGCAGUUCAAUGUAAAUACAGUAGUAUUAGGUAGAGACUCCUGGUGAUUUUAAAGGAUUGGAAAAGACUGAGGAAUAGUUGAAUAAUGCACAUUUUAAAGACUAGAACAUUUUAUUGUACGUUGUAAAAUUGAGUAGAAACUUGUGUUUGUGAAAACUGAGCAUUAAAACCUUACAGAGAC